UCUCCUUCCCCCUUCUCCUCCUCUUCUCGGUGGCGCGGCAUUUAGUGCCACCGCUAGCCCCACCCUGUCGGCCUUGACCACCCCUCCCCCCACACCUUCGUUGCAUCCGCCGAUGACUUUGACGCGGGCGUCGAUCGGUUCCUCUUCGAGCAUGGUCGUGGGCGUCGGAUCGACACACUCUGCGUUGCCCUCCCUCUCGACCGCCGAUACAAUGUCGACUUCAAGCGCUGGAUCAGGUACGUUGCAUCCUGCAACAUCAAGGACCUCAGCCUCGUUGUCUCGUCUUUGUCCCUCGCCGACACCUCCGUCCGUAGGGAAGAGUGGGGAAGGGGGAAGGGCCGGCAGCGCCGCCUCAUCGUGAGCCGGACGCGACAGCUGGUGGUAUGUCCAGGGUAUUUUUGUUAAAUUGACGCAGAAUAUAACGCCAUAACACCACAUAACGGUCUGCGUUGUUGGUGGGCCUCACUUCAAUGCAACCCCGCCGCCGUGUAAGGGAAAGGAAAGGCAGAGGAGCGGAGAGGAGAGGAGAGGAGAGGAGGAAGAGUCGAUGGCCAGUGAACCGGAGGUGAUAAGGGACAAGACGGCGAUGCGGCGGUGGUCGCGGUCGCAUCGGUCGAAGGGCAAGACGCUGGCUUUCGUCCCCACCAUGGGCUUCCUUCAUGAGGGUCACCUUGCUCUCGUCCGCGCCGCCGGCGCCCUUGCGGACCUCACCGUCGUCUCCAUCUACGUCAAUCCCGGCCAAUUUGCUCCUUCAGAAGACCUCGACGCCUACCCUGCCGACCUCCGUGGCGACCUGCACAAGCUUGCCGACCUGGGGGUACACGCCGUCUUCUGUCCCACCAACCUCUACGACUAUGGUGAAGGCGGCGGCCGUGGCGAUGUUCAGGCGAGGAGGACUGAAGGCGCCAUCGGUUCUUCUGGCUCGCCGCCUGUGUCUUGCCUCGAGGCGGCGGCGGGUGAUGGGUCAGGGCACGAGACCUGGGUCCGGGUGGAGAAGCUGGAGCGCGGAUUGUGCGGGAUGAGCAGGCCGGUAUUUUUCCGAGGGGUCGCGACCAUCGUGGCCAAGCUGUUCAAUAUUGUGGAACCCGAUAUCGCAGUCUUCGGCAAGAAGGACUAUCAACAAUGGCGCAUCAUCUGUCGAAUGGUUCGUGAUCUUGAUUUUGCGGUUAAAAUAAUUGGUUCAGAAAUUGUACGUGAAUCUGAUGGUCUAGCUAUGAGCUCCCGUAAUGUGCGCCUCUCACCUGAGGAGCGAGAGAAGGCCUUGUCCAUCUACAACUCAUUGUCAAAAGCCAAGUAUGCUGCACUACAUGAGCAAAGCACAUGCCAAGAACUGAGAAGUCUUGUCAUUCAAUUAGUAACAGAAGCUGGUGGGAGAAUUGACUAUGUUGAGACCUGGACAGGGAAGGUUGCUAUUCUUCGUGAUAGUGGAGCAAGAAAGUCUGAUCCCGGUUGAAGAGAUUAACAGCCCUGCUGUGAUUUGCAUUGCUGCUUGGUUUGGCGCCGUUAGGUUGAUAGAUAACAUGGAAAUAAAUCCAUGAACACUAUCAUUGGAUUCUAAAAGAAUUUGUGGUCCUUCAGCCUAUAAAAGCAGUGUGUUUCUGUCUAAAUGAAAGAAAGCUGGAUACUCUUCGUCUUUUCAUUGAUAUACAAUGCACAAGGUUGUUCCUUGUAACCUUUCUCUGAUGUUUAUUUCUUGUCUUUAGACAUUCGAUAUAAACCCAUUGACAAUCAACACAGUUGGAAAUGUAUUUAUGAAUGUUAAAUAAUGGAUUACAGUCAAAUUCUCGUGCAA